CACAUGCUAAUCUUCCAGCCACACACCUAGUCAGUCAUCAAAGUGUGCGUGCUUCUCCAGAACAGUGAGAGAGAGAGGGGCAAAGGGAGGCAGGAUAAAAAGCCGAGCUGUAGGGGACUAAAGAAGAAAGAAAAGCAUAGAAAAGAACGGCAAGCAAGCAGCUCGAGGCACCCGCGCUAGUACAUAAAGCCACCGAGGUGCGAUUUCGCGAGCUCUAGCCGCUUCCACUUGGCCAUUUCCCAUCUGCCUCCUGGAGCUUUAGCUCUAACUCUAGUUCUAGCUCUAGCUCCGGCUACGUUUGCAACUGUUGUUUAUCUCCUGGUUGUUCUUCUCUUUCCUGAAAUGGUUUUGACAAAAGAGCUGUUUUGAUCUGGGGCUGCCUCAAUCAUUUGCUUCUAUGGCAGGCUAUACACCACACUUUUAAGAUGUUUUAGCCUCAUUGGUGGAUAGCAUUUAGACUCUUGAAGACUUUGAGCUAGUUAACCUUAUGGAAGAAGGGUCCAACAAAAGAGAAGGACUUCCUCCUCAACUCCUAGAUCUCAUCCCAGAUGAGAAGGAAUGGAAGCUGAGAGAAGCAUUAGGUCUAGGGAGAUCAAGAAACGCAGGCUUCGACGGUGAAGAAGACAAGAAGCUAGACCUAAAGCUUGGUCUUCCUGGUUUUAUAGAAGAUGAUGAGGCAGAAACCUUAAGAGAUUACAGGCUACAGCAAGAGAGCCCAUCUCUCUCCCUUAGUUUCUUUCCAAAGCACUCCAAGACCACCAGCAGCACUACUACGACAACUGGAGCAAAGAGGGGAUUCAUAGACACAGUUGAGGACAAAACAGAAGGUUAUAACGACCAGAAGCAGCAGGCAAGGGCAGGAUGUGGGAAGGAACUUGCAGUGGAGGAAAUGAUAGCAGCCGUGAGUGAGAGGAAGAAAGGAUGCUGCCCCCCACCACCACCACCACAUGGUGCUCCUGCUACACCUGCGCGCAACAGACCACAGACCCAGGGAAGAGGAGCUGCAGCACCAGUGGUUGGUUGGCCUCCAAUUCGAUCCUUCAGGAGAAACCUUGCUAGUAGUAGUUCAUCCAAACAUUCCCCUGAACCACAAAAUGAUAAUGCCAAUGCAAAGGUGACGCUCACCUGCAAGAAAAACCCUCUUGUAAAAAUCAACAUGGAUGGGAUCCCUAUUGGAAGGAAAAUAGACCUUGCAGCCUAUAACAGCUAUGAUGGGCUAUCGUCAGCUGUCAAACAACUCUUCCAUGGGUUUCUUCAAGCUCAAAAGGACCAAACUAAUGCGCAAAUUGCACAGCAAGGUGCAGAUGACAAAAUAUUUUAUCAAUUGUUGGAUGGGUCUGGUGAAUAUACUCUAGUUUAUGAAGACAGUGAAGGAGACAGGAUGCUGGUUGGGGACGUGCCAUGGAAAGUAUUUGUCUCAACUGCUAAAAGGCUGAGGGUUCUAAGGAGUUCAGAGCUUUCCCAUACCCUGGUAAGACAAGCUAGACCACUUAAAGUCGUGUCCAAAUCUUUGGUGUAGCCAUAAAAAAAUUAGCUUUCGCUAAAUUUGAAUGAAGAUAGCUACACUUUUAUGUUAGUCUCAUAUUCUUUACUAUUUUUUUCCUAUUCUCCAGAUUGGAGCUACUGCUAGGGUCUAGCCGUCUAGGAGAGUCACCAAUUGCUGAAAUGCUGGGAUCUUAUUAACCAUUCGGAAUGAAUGUGUGCACUCAAGCCAGUCCAUUCUCCAUUUUAGGACUACCCCUAUUUUGCCUAUAUAGAUGAUCUACUGAGAUGAGUUGGCAUACAGCAAAUGCAAGGAAAUGGCAAUCUGUUUUGUAAAUUAGGUUACCUUGCUAUGACAUGUUGCUUAAUUCAAUUCGAAGCGAUUUUGGUUUUAUCGGGGAGAGCCGCAUAUGUAGACUUGCAGGUCACCCAUGUAAAGUGCCUUGUUCUGCGUGAUAAAUUUGUAUUAAUCGCUGCUGCAACCCGACAUGCAGAUCUAAUGUCACCAGCGUGUCUCAGAGGACAGCAACUAGGCUAACCUGAUAGCAUCAAGUCAUCACUCCACGUGGAAUAUGCUACUAGUAGGAAUUUUUUUUUUUGAAAAAAAAACAGAAUUAUCCACUGGGUGAGUUGUUAUCCUUCUAAUCCCAUCACUUUCCAAAAUUUGUCACAAGCACAGCGAGAAAGGUUUGACCCGACUAUGAAACUGCCGAAAGCAAAUAUGUGCUAAUGCCUUCGCGCUUAUUGGGUGUCAAAUAGCUAUCAUGUGAUACAACAGUGGCAUGAUUGUGACCACACACAAGAGGGGUAGAUGUUCAUACUUCGUUUUGCUGUGAAAGCUAAGAAAUAAACUGGUUGUACUA